CUGAGCUUUAAAAUUUGGCAAUGUGGUGGACGAAUGCUUGAAACGGCUUGUUCUCGUAUCGGCCACGUUUAUCGCUAUCGACCGAUAUCCGUUAACUUGCACAUCAAAUACGAUUUUGUGUCCACCAAUUACAUGCGAGUCGCUGAAGUUUGGAUGGAUGAAUACAAACGGUAUUUGUAUGAAAGACAACCAUCGGUUUAUGGCCACCUAAAUCCCGGUGAUUUGAGCAAACAAAAGGCGUUACGAAAGCGACUGCAAUGUAAACCAUUCAAGUGGUACAUGGAACAUGUCGCAUUCGAUUUGAUCGACCAUUUUCCCUUGGAUGAACCCAGUUUUGCAUAUGGUGGAAUUAAAAAUUUAGGCUUGAAUUUAUGUGUUGACACGAUGAGUAAAAAAGGCUUUACACCGCUUGGUUUGUUUUCAUGUGCAGAGAACAUCUCUAAUCCACAACUUCCACAGACUUUCAGCUGGACACUGGACCAUAGUCUUCGUGUUCGAUUCGAGCCUCGUUGCUGGUCCAAAAUGUAUGGCAAUAUGGUUUGGUUGCUAUCUUGCUGGAAAAAUAAUAAACUCAUCCGAGAAGUGCUCUGGAAAUACGACAUUGAGCGUAAAUGGAUCAUCAACAAAAGUGAUGGCUACUGUUUGGAUGUCAAUACGAAGGAACAGGUGAUUUUAAGCCGAUGUCGGCGGAAUGACCCGAAUCAAAUGUGGGAGUUUGGCAAUUUAAAUCGUACAGCAUUGAAAACCCUUGGCUAUAAAUUUAACUAGACUUUU